AGAUGAUUGCUUAAGUUUGUGAAAUCCACUCAAAGCUUAACAAUGAAACUGUUUGUUGCUCUCACAGUCCUUGUGGCUGUUGCCUCAGCGGCACCUCAAUUCGGUGGUGGUGGCGCUAACGCUAAUGCUGCCUCUACCGCUAAUGCCCAAGGAGGUGGUCAAGGUGGAUUCGGUGGUCCUGGUGGAUUCGGCGGCAAUCGUGGUGGUCCCGGUGGUGGAUUUGGCGGUCCUGGCGGACAAGGAGGAUUUGGUGGCGGUCCUGGUGGUCCUGGUGGAUUCGGCGGUCCUGGUGGACAAGGAGGAUUUGGUGGCGGUCCAGGUGGAUUCGGCGGUCCUGGUGGACAAGGAGGAUUUGGCGGAGGAGGCAGCUUUGGCAAUGCUGGCGGAAACGGCAACAGGGGCGGGCCAGGAGCGGCUGGUGGUGAUGCCAAUGCUAACGCCAAUUCUUCAGCCGUUGCUAAUGGAAACGGAGGUCGAGGUGGUGCUACCAAUGCCAAUGCCAACUCCGAGGCAGUUGCUCAGUCCAAUGGAGGUGGCCGCAUCGGAGGUGGCGGCAAUGCGAAUGCCAAUGCUUCAUCCAGUGCCAUCGCCAAUGGUAGCCGAGGAGGCUCCGCUUCAGCCUCGUCCAGCGCAUCUGCCGUUGCCACAGCUGGCAAAUAAGCACCGAGAAGUACUAACUAUGUGAUUUAGUCUUUCAUAAUUUAUUCUCUAAAUA